AUGGAAGCUGAACUCUUCAAAUCAGCCUUGGUGGAUGCCAUUAUCCCUGAAGACACAGUGUCCGAGAUCUCGGAAAUUCUACAAGCAGGAGCGGAGGCUCACAGUGACUCUAAUCAACUUCUCGCCAUCAAGGAACGAGACUUGCUCUUUUUUGAUGAAAGAUUGAGGACACUAGCAGCCAUACGGCUGCCUCAUUGCGACGAAGAUGUCUUGAAGUCAUUUCUCUCACAGCUCUCCUUCAAGAUCGAUGUGUGGGCCGUCGAGGAGUCUCCUGGGAAUGAACAAAAUGCCUCCGGAGCAGCUCCUCCCAAAGACCUCGUGUAUACGGCCGAAGCAAUCCAGAAGAACGAACCCAUGGUCCUGGCGAGUGAGACCACAACCAGCGGUCAGACUUUAACUCUUGUCUGGGAAAUUGAAAUUUCUCUCAAUCGGCCCAGAUUUCGCCUACCUCAGCCUGCCAUCAUCCUGAUCCCUUCCGCGACAAUCACCGCUCCUCAGCGGGAUGAAACCGACAAGAAUGACGAUCUCGCACCCUUUCGACCUCUGGAAGCAAAUGUACUUGAACCCAUGCGCUUUCUCCCCGGGUGGAGGCAGAAUCCUCCGUAUCUUGCUGCUUCGAGACUGGAACGAGUCCUUCCCAUGACGGCAACACACAAGCACCGUGUUCAUCUCCAACACGUCCCAUCAAGGCGGCAUAGGGCAGUCCCUGCGACAAUGUCACGAAUCCGGUAUCAAAAGGUGAACACCUUUACCACUGCGCCCACCACUGUUGCUUUGCUAGACAUAGACAUCAUUCCAUUUGUGCGAGUGGAUGCAACGAUUGAGCACAUUGAUCUAUCGCUCAAGAACGGACGGACAGAGUCUUUGAUGCCUGGAUUUCUACCUAUGCACGCCCGCUCAGGGGACUGUGUAACAUUCCUUUACAGACUCUAUCAGAAUUCGGACCCGGAUCGACAUCCUGGUUUUGGAUUCGCCAACCCAAACAUUGACGUCUUAUCAAUUAUGCUGAGAUUGGCAAUGCAGGUGAAUGAACAAUGUCAUCCAGUUCUCGUCAUGAAUUGGACUACCAAUGUCGAUUUUACUCCAGCAUUAAACCCAUCCUUUGGCCCUCCUUCACAACCCAUACAACGGCCAAAUCGGCCAACAAGCCUUCCAGUUCACCCUGACAGUGGUGCAGUGGCAUCUGCGCCCACCCUUAGCACCAGCCUGCAACCAACCUUUGCUACCGAUUCGAGGAGUGGACUGUCAAUAUCCUUCACAGCCCCCAUGACUCCGGUCCAAGUUGGCGAGCCAUUCACGUGGAAGGUCCUUGUCAUGAAUAACUCUACAAAGACCGCCAAAAUCGCCAUCAUUCCCUUACCUCGGGUCCAGCGCCAGACGACGCAGACCCAGCUGUUCGCUAAACGCCACGCGCCGAAAUCAUCUACCGCCUCGUUCCACCCAAGAGAACGGCGGCACACCAGAUGUGGUGAGGACAUUGAUAUUGCGCAAGCAAUUGUCGAUGAGAACGUUGUGUAUGCCAUGCACCAUGCCCAACCUGUUCCUCCAGAGACCGAUCUGAUGGCCUUGACGGCUGAGUUGCGGAUUGGCCCUUUAGCUCCUGAUCAGUGCCACGAGAGUGAUAUUCAGAUGGUCGCUUUUGAGGUCGGCACACUACGAGUCGACGCAAUGAGAAUAGUGGAUUUAGUCAGAGAAGUGGAGGAAGGUGCUGCGGCCGCUGGGGUACUGACUGACAUCAGAGAUUUGCCAGAUGUUGUGGUUGUGAAGGCAGCGGGCGGCAGUGAUCGACAAUAA